UUUUGAAAUUAUUAGCUUACCGAUUGAUAAGAUUUCAGCCUAGUUCCUUGGUGUUAUCUGUAGCUCCUUGCUAGAUAACUUCAAAGUCAAAACAUUGAUAUACUAACAUCUAUCAGCAAGAAAUAAACUGUUCAUGUUAGAUGUUUGCAUGACCGUAGAAAAAAUUAGUUAUUUUUAUAUCUAAUUGUUAUUUUAUUUUUUAUUUUUAAGAAAUAAAAGGGAUUCUUUUCAAAUGUAUUUGAAAGUGUUAUUUUUUUUAAUGAUAUAACAAUAAAACAUUAUAGUUUGAAUUUGAUACAUUAAGUUGUCCCUUAUGAUGUAACUUAUAGACUUUUGAAAAUCUGAGUGUCUUAUUUAACAGGAUGCCUAGUUCUAUGUUAUUUGCCCUGAACAGUGAAGGAAGAGUAUUUGGACUUGCUACCAAUGGUACGAAGUGGAGAGAAUUUCCUUACCUUAGCUUGGAUUUCAAGCAAAUAUCAGCAGUUCCUCAUUUUCUAUGGGCACUAGGUGGAGAUAGACAGAUUUAUUUACAUGUUCAUGGCCUGGAUAUACCAAUUAAAGUUAAAGAAGAGUCCUAUGAAAAUCAGAGAUGGUAUCCACUUGACGGAUUUUCCAAAAGACUUCUUCCUACUGACCGAUAUCAAUUUUCAAAUAUUGAUGGAAGUGUUGAUAGAACUUUAGAGAAAAUCCGUGUACCUUCAAUGGCUUGGCAAUGGGAAAGUGAAUGGCACAUUGAAACAACCUUGGAUGGUGAACCUCUUGAUCACGAUGGAUGGACUUAUGCUGUUGAUUUUCCUGCCACAUUUUACAGUACUAAACAGUGGUCCUCAUGUGUUAGGAGGAGGAAAUGGGUUAGGACAAGAAAGUAUUCAGCCUUAAACUCUUGGUGUGCUAUUGCACCUCUUCAUAAAGAUCCUACUCAGGAGCCCUUCAUUUACAUCAGUGUAGGAGGUCAAAGUAUGUCUGGUGCUGUUCAAGGAACGUUGCAGGUUUGGGCAGUCACAGCUCAUGGACGGGUAAUGUGGCGGAAAGGUGUAGGAAUGACUUGUCCUGAGGGCACAAGAUGGUCCUGUAUCCCUUUGCCUCAAGGAAAGGAGGUGAAAUCUCUAUCGUGUGGCACAACUGGUUUGGUUUGGGCCAUUCUCUGGUCAGGGACCAUUCUUGUCCGCGUUGGAAUAUCAGCUGCUAUGCCAAUGGGAGAGUCUUGGGUUGAUGUAUCCCCACCUGAAGGAAGCAAGUUGAUGGAAGUAAAUAUUGGGACUAAUUCAGUUUGGGUCCUGACGACUGAGAACCAGGCAUGGUUUAGAAAAGGAGUAGAGUCCAGUCCUUCUGGUACUGGCUGGGUUGGACCCAUAGGCUCAAUGCUGUCUCUCACUGUUUCUCCUACUGACCAGGUAUUUGGUGUUGGUGUAGAUGAUCGAAAUAUAUACUUCCGAGUAGGUGUUACCAUGACAGAACCAACUGGAAAGCGAUGGCGUUGCCUCAAUGCUGCUGCGCAACUCAGCCGGGGAGGUUCUGUUUCAUCCUUGCCAAGUUAUGCAAGGCAUCGAAGUACUCAGUCUCUGACAUCAAUGGGAAGUGUUGAACAGUGCGAUCUUUUCAAUGAGACCUCAAGAUCAGCCCCAACAUCUCUUAGGAAUCAAGCACCUUGGCAAAAACCUUCAAGUUUACCAACUUCCGAAGGAAGCGUUGAAAAAAGUUCUCUUCCCAAUAGUGAAAUAAGCGAUGAAAAUAGUGAUGAAUGCAACAAGAAAAGGACAGCUUGGAGUCCAAUAAGAAGUGUUGGUUCUCUCCUUGGACUUGAAGCAAAUCCUGAUACGGAUCCUCAUGCAGAGUGGGAUGUUACUGUGUGGCCCGAAAGAGAGUUGCCUUGUGCUGAAGCCGACUGGUAUCAGGCUUCGACAUUAUGGUCUCAAGUAGAAGCUGGUGCUGUUGGAAUUCCGCUCAACCAUUUGCCUAACUGGUUUUAUGGUAAUAACCAUACUACUGGAUUAGAAGAAACACCUUGGCGACUCAAAAUUUUGGAAUCAUUGAAAAAAUUACACCAGAAAAGUCUGAAAGGAUUUGAUAAUAUUGAAUUAGCUAUUGACAUGAGAUCCUGCGUGAAGACUGUGGAAUGCAGAUGUGCCUUGAUAGGUUCUGACAAUUGGGAAGAAGUUUGUAUUGAACUUGAGUGGGUCGGAGCUUAUAAUAUAGACCUAGCAACUCUUACAAUACUUUCUCUUGAGAAAAAUGUUGUUAGAUGGCAGACGCUACUGAGCGAAGUGGUGUGCAUUGCUUGUACCAGUGAGCCUGGUAGCCCUCGCCUCUCGAUACACACGCUUAGCUCUGCAUCUGGUUCACUUAGCCCUCUAAAGAUUCAAUUUUCAGGGGACUUGGAUCUUGACGAUUGGCUCUCUCAUCUUACUUAUGUUUCCUGCAAAGUAACACAUCAUGAAGGAUCGCCAGGUCCCAAUAGCAUUUGGGCUAUAACUAAACUCGGCGAUGUUUAUGUUUUUGAUCAAGACCCAUUGAAGGAACAGCAGCAGAAAGGUGAACUAUUUUUGAAAGAAUUCAAAUGUAAAGGUGUCGUAGUCCCAUGGAAAAAGGUUUUGGAAAAUGGAUUUACAGCUGGUGAUUCAAUCACUGUUGAAGGAUUCAUAACAGAAACAUGUGGAAGGUUUGCUGUGAAUUUGGAAUGUGAAAAUGAGGACAAUAUUGCGCUUCAUAUAAACCCUCGGUUUGAUGAUGGAAUGGUAGUUAUUCGAAAUAGCUUGAUAAAUGGAGUAUGGGGGACCGAAGAGAGAGAAGGGUGUGUCACCUUUGAAAAGGGUACCCGAAUCUCAGUGACAAUCACUUGUCAAAAAGAUGGGUUCAAGAUUUCAUUUAAUGGAAUGGUAUUUACUUACUUUGAACACAGAAUAGAGCCUGAAAGAAUUAAACAGCUACGCAUAACUGGCGGCCUUGAGCCAUGUCGUGUCAAUUAUGGUUCAAAGGAGGUUAUAGUAUCUUUGAAUGAAAUGUUCUGGCGACAGAUGGGAGGGCACCUCGUCACCGUGGAGACUUGUGCAGCAGGUGUUACCUGGGGUAUUUCUGCUGACAAUACUCCUUGGGUUUACACUGGCGGUUGGGGUGGUGCAUUUUUAGGAGGGCUAGAGAACAGCAGUGUGGGUAUAAACAGCAUGAUUGAUACCUGCAGGUGCUUUGUCUAUGAAAACCAGCGUUGGAAUCCCCUGAGUGGGUUCACGCCCCGAGGUCUUCCUACUGAUCGUCCGAUGUGGAGUGACUCUACAGGCUGCCAUAAGAGGUCCAAGGAAACCACUCGGCUAUUGUCUUUCCAUUGGACUUGGACUAGUGAUUGGUACGUAGACUUCCUGACUCCUGGAGGUAUAGAUUCGGACGGAUGGCAGUAUGCUGUUGAUUUUUCAACAUCCUUCCAUCCUCGCAAGAUGAUGACAGAUUAUGUUCGAAGGAGGAGAUGGGCCAGAGACUGCAGAUUGCAAACAUCAGGUCCUUGGGCAGAAGUUGGCAAUACUAAAGUCAAGUCUAUAUCUCUUCAGGUUUCCACUGGAUUGGAAUGGGUAUGUGUUUGGGCAGUUGCUGUUAAUGGUGACACAUUAUUUAGGAAAGGGGUUACUGUUUCAAAUCCAAUGGGUGAUAGUUGGGAACAUGUUGCUUGUGAACAACCUCUUAACAGCAUCAGUUGUGGUUGUGGCAACCAGGUUUGGGCAGUGUCGGUAACAGGCUCGGCCUACUGGCGUUUUGGUGUAACUACAUCAAAUCCCACAGGUGAGGUAUGGGAAUUGGUAGAACCUCCAAAAGGUGUUGCCAUUAAAAAAGUGUCUGUUGGGCGAUGGGCAGUUUGGGCUUUAGAUUCUGAAGGCAAAUUGUAUGUUAGGAAGGAAGUGACUCCUGUUUUCCCUGAGGGCACCCAUUGGCAAGCACUCACUGAUCCAGCUAUUGAUAAAUUUCUCAGCGUGUCAGCCAGUGGCGAUGAAGUGUGGGCAAUAACCAGUGAUGGGCAAGUAUGCAAACGUCUUGGUGUAACUUGUCAUAAUCCAGUUGGUCUUUCUUGGUGUCUUGGGCUUCAGGCAAACUGGAGUUAUAUUUCAAGUAGAAGUUAUACUUCAAAAACGCAUCCAAGCAGCAGGUCUAUUUAUUAAAUGUCUUUUAAGCCAUUAAGAGGAAAAAUAUAUUUUUUUGGCUUGUUAUAAAGCCACUCAUGACUUUCUGUAAGCUCAUAAAUGACAUUCUGAUUAAGGCAAUCUUUGUUCUUGCACUUAAUUUAAACCAAAUACUUUUUUAUUUGUUAGAUCUAGAAAUUAAUGUAUGUUUUUAUUUUCACGCUUCUGUUUCAUUGUAUGAAGUCGAAACUACAAAUUAUAUACUGGAGGAAAUAAGAGUAGGCCGAGGAGGUAGCAUUUCUUGUUUGCUCAAUAUCCAGCAGGAUAAGUCAUAGAUUUUAGUUAUUCCAAAAAGUGAAGAUGUGGAGGGUUAUGAGCUUAUUUUAUAAAUUAUGUAUUUUAGUAUGUAAUGGGAUGUUAUGCUUGUGCAUCAUCUUUAUCUACAUUUGUUUUAAUCAACAAAUCAUUUUUUCUUUUUAUACAUUUCAGAAGUAUCGACGAGGAUAGGGAGAAUGCUGUUGGAGGGAGGUAUUAUAUUUCAAUUAACAUGAAAAUUACUAAUACAAUUUCAUUGAAAUUUUUUUGGUGAUCGGUUUUCAUGUUUUAUAGUUUCCAAGAUUUAAAUCAUUUAAAUUUGAAUUUGAAUUAUUUCUUCUUAGUAUGAAUUGAAUUUAUCCAGAACUUCUCCCCCUCACCCAAUUAUUGGUACAAUAAGGCUACACUCAUGUGGUCCAAAGUCAAUAUAAUUGACAUUUGUAACACUGCCAUAAUAUGGCUAACUUUUCCUUUUGACAAUUUAUCUUAGGUUUACUGGUAUAAAAAAAAAAAGAACUUUUUAUAAAACUUUCUGUGUUCAGUUAAAAUAUUAAUUAAAGGUCUAAGUUACAGUAGGAUAAUAAAUGUUAAUAUUUAUUUAGCCUUUGUUUUGUUCUCAUUGACUGAUAAAAUUGUAAGUUUGGCUGGCAUAUUUCUGCUUGCGAUUACAAAACAUUUCAGUCAAUUAGUUCUAUUACAGAACAUGUGACUUGCCUACAUAAAAUAAGAAGAGUGAUAUUUUAAAUAUUAGAUCGAUUUAUAAAUGGGUUUGAAUGUGUGUAGGUAAUAUUUUUGUCAGAUUUGUGUUUUUACUUUUACUCAGUCUAAAAACUGCGGUUGAGCAUGCACAACCAUUGGCCUUGUAACAGUACUUCUUCACAUAGUAAUACGACCAAGACCCUUCAUGGGUUGUAGUGGUACAGGUUUUUUUUUUUUUUUUAUGUCUGAAAACUAUACAGUUCUAACUACACCUAUUUUCUCCACCAUUCAUUCCUAGCCUAUCAGCUGCAAAUUCAUAACAGCCUGGGCUGCUGCAUCGCUGCAAUGAGAUUCGCAAUUUAAGAAUUGAUUUGUACCUUUUAGAACUUCCUUGAAUAUUUUCUUAUGUUAACAUCUUCUUCCGAUAGUCUUACUUUUAUACCUCCAGCACUUUGAAUCACUCUGAUACUGUUUAGGGAUCUUGCUUAAUGUCUUUGGAUCUUUCUUUUAUCUCAUAUGCCAUUCUUCCUGUGUGGGAUCUGAUUGGUGUUUUUUUUUAAAAUACCUUUCAUAUCUUUUCAUGGUAAGAUCUAACCAACAAUUUUUUUCCAAAAAAUCGGGAAAACAGCAUCCUUAAUAAAGCUGUUUUAAGAUUUAUACUUUCGGAAACUAAGACCCUCUUAAUUUGGUGUUAUGAUGAUAUCUGGAUAUCAUGUAGUCAUGUCUGUUCAUCUCAUGACAGUGGCUAGAUUUGAUUCAUUCCAUUUUAUAUAGCACAUGUUAUACACCUUAAAUUCUAUAAAGUAUUCCUUCUUUCUUAUUUGGUUAUAAAUUUUAUUUCUGUGAGUCUCACUUAAAUGGUGCUAUGAAGUCCCUUACAAGUUCUUAUAAUUCCAAAUCAAGUUUUCUUCUUGAAAAUUUUAUUUCUUUUCAUGUGCUAUGUUAUUGUAGUCCAAUCCAAUCUGCUUUAUUAUUAUCACUUCAUAUUUUAUUUUCAAAAAUUAAUAUACACAGACUUAAUCAUCAGUUAUUAUUAUUUAGUACUUAUAAUUGUUUAGUACAAUUGAUUACUAUUAUUUUGAAUGAAAUACUUUUUUUUUUUUUAUUAGAUUAGCUAAUGUAUUCCAAACCUGAGGAUCAUCAGGUUUAUGGUAGUUACUUUAUUUUAUGAGCAUUUUAUUUUUAUUUUAAAUUGAGUAUUAAUUAUAAUUUAAUUGAGUUCUGACUGUGAUUUUUAUAAACAUUUUAUCCCAAUGACAUGGAGUUUCUUAAAAAGCUUUUAAAGAAAUUCAUACCCCUUCAUGGGCGUUGGAUUUUUUUUUAAAGAUAAUAAAUUUGGAUAUUUAUUCAGUGUAUACUUGGAAUAAAGAAAUGAAACAAUAGUGCUUAUAUUUAGUUUUAAUUAAUUUCAUUAUACUGAUCAACUAUCAAGAAUCCAUUAUAAAGAAUUGCAGCUGCUUUUCAUUUCAUAAUAAUUUCUUGAUUUUUAGUUUUCAGUGUCUCAAAAAUCCCAUUAUUACCUAUCAUAUUUGAUUUUUUGUUCAAAUCUCAUAAGUUUUUUGAUUAUCAUGAAGCUCUAGAUUGAUGCUUUAUUCUGAUCGAGCAGUGGAAUUUUUCAUUGUUUAUAUUAUUUUGAGAAAUUAAUCCGUUAAGUAUUAUUUCUGUUAUUGGGUUAUAAGACCAUAUUAUUUCGAAACCACUCUUAUAUUGACCUAUGAAUUAAUAUGCCUUUGUUUUGAGGCAAACUAUGAUUUAGUUCCUUAGUUACCAACAAUAAUUACAAGGCUCGUGAAAACUAAUAUUUAAAUUAAUUUAUUUUCACCUGCAAUCUAUUGGAAAAUAAAUAUCAGAUAUGCUGGUAAUACUGCCACUAAUUAAUCAAAAUUUUAAUUUUUUUUUUUCCUUUCUUUGCAAAUGAUAAAUUUUAUGAAUAUGUUUUAAACUUAAUGUUAUUUGUGACAAAAAAAUUAUUCACAAUGAAUGUUUUAAAUUUUAUUUUAAAAUUGAACCAUAAAAAUAGUAUUGAAUAGUAAUAUGAGGCAUCUAUUUUACAAAAAUGGAUUACUCCAUUUUAAUUUUAUUAAAUUCCCUUUUUUAAAAGAUUGUUAUAUGACUAAAAUAAAUAUUCAUCAAAAAGUUAUUUUUCACUGCAAAACACAAAGCUAACAGAAGGGACAAUAGUGUGUCAACAAUUUAUUCUAGCUUUGAUAAACUUUUUACAGGGUCUUACGUGUUAUCCUUUUUUAUUAGUAGAUGCUUCAUCUUAUUACUAGUUUUUGAUUUUGGUAAUAUUUUUAUUUUUAGCAGUAUUGUUAUUGUAUUUUUGUAAGUUCUUUUGUUUAAUCUUUAUAUCAUUGUUUUCACAAAUUACUGUGAACUAAGCAUUAGUGUAUAUAUAUUAAAUUGUGCUUAAUUUUCUUGCCUGUAUACCAUUUCUAUUAAUUUAUUUUAGUAUCUUUAAUAAUUGAAUUUAUUAACUUUUUUAAAUUCAUUAUUAAAUCUUGAAUUACAUUCCUUGUGGACUUAUAUUUUCUUAUUUUUACUAUCAUUAUUUUUUUUAUGUCUCAUUAAAAUUUCUUUAAGUGUAAUGAAGUGGGGCCAUAAAGUACAUAAUUUUCAUUAAGUUGUUAACGAGUUUUUAUAAUUUAUAAUUUAUGAAAUUAAUUUUAGUACAUAUUGGAAAAUAUGACAUUCCAAUAUCUUGAAUAAAAACGGUGAAGUUUUAAUAAUUUAUAGUCAAAGUUAUGACCAUACAUUUUAUUACCAUUUGAAUUGAAAAAUGAUUAUUUUAUUCUUACCAUUGAACUAUUUCUAGUUGGCAUUCUUUUCCAUAUUUCAUUGAAAAGUAUACAUUGCCUUUAUUUGUUAGCUUCCUCUCCUCUCAUAUGUUCUGUUGCUGGGGAAGAUUAACUGUACUUUAUAGAACUUCUUGACUAGUUCUAAUCAAAUGAAAAUGGUUUCUAAGCUGUCAACGACUUAAAAUUAAGUAAUCGUUCAUUGAUUAUGAAAACAUUUCUUUUCUUUUUUUUUUAAUGCUAUAACCAUUGUUUUGGAACUUUUCCUUAUUAUAUUUCUUCAUUUAAGAAGGAACAUACUUUUUGUUUUUCACAAUUGAAUAAUGCACACUAUUUGAUUAUAUCUGAUCCAGCAACAUAAAACAUGAAUUUAUUGUAUCUUAUGUGAUAAUUGAUCAUUACUCGCAUUUUCUGAAAUGGAAUAUUGAAAAUUUUUGUUUUCAUCAAUAGAAAUUCAUAUAUGAUGCAAAAGUUCAAACUGGAUCAAUCCAUUUUCAAAAAAAUUACAGGAGACCCAAUAAAAUUUGAUUGAACACUAUUUAAUGUCAAACCCAUGGGUUUGAACCAAUUUUCAUACUCAAUUAUGAGGUUCUUAGACCAUAUGGUUUUGCUGUAUUAAGUGGAUUCAGUAAAUUGAGAAACCAUGAAAAAUAAAAUAAAAACUUUUUAUGGAAAAAGUGGAUUGAGCUAGUUUUAUAUCAAAUAUUAUAAUUAUUUGUAUAAAAAUAUUUUAAUUAAAUGGUUGUAAGUUUUUUUUUUUUGUGUAUGGCCCUUUAUAUUUAAAAAAUGUAUAUAGUUAAUUUUUAAUAAACUAUGACUGUCUAUUGUACAAUUUAUUUUUGUUCUUCAAUUUUGUUUAUUUAUUUUCCUUUCUUUUAUUUUUGUUUUUUAAUUUUAUUUUAAAUUUAACCAAAAAUUACUAAAGAUUCAAUUGGCUCUCCUGUAGAAUUCAUAUUUUUGACAUUUGUCCUUUUAUAAUCCUCAUCAGACAUAAUUAUUAGAAGAAGUAUACUUAUUUCAUAAUAAUAAGUAUAUUCCAAAAUUUAAAUUCUGUAAUUGUGCAAAGAAUAACAAGUUACAUAUUCAAAGAAAUCCUUGAUUUUCCCAAAAUUCAUUUCAUAUUUCCAGUAGCUUUAUAGCUUACCUUUACAGUAACUUUCAAAAAUGGACAUCCAAAGUUAUCCUAUAGGCUGAAACCAAGACAUUCUAUUAUUAAUUUUAUUUUAUUUUUUUAAGCUUGAUUUAUUGUAUUAUUAUUUUACAAACUUUACGCUAGUCCAUAGUUAUAAACAAUACGUUUUAUUAGGUUAUUACAAUUUCUUGAAGAAAAAAAACACUCAGUAUCCACAGGAGAGUUUUAGACUAUCUUCUCUGUUCAUGUAAAGGAAAGCAUGAAAAUUCACCCAAAACUCUUUUCAUAAAAAUGUAUAGAAGGGAGAAAAUGUUUUAUUUAUUAAUAACAGUGUGGGGUCAUUUCAAAAUUUUGGGCAUCAAUUUUUAAAAAAAUAGUAUGUUUUCCCAUUUCUUAGGAAUCUUUAUAGUUGUGUUACCAGUUUACUAAUAUGAGCAUAAAUUAAUAAAAUAUCAUUUUGAAGAAAUAAAUUUUCUAGAAAGUGAGGAAUGAUCUAUUUUUUGUUUCUAAAAUUUGUAUUUUAAACAUAAAAGUAAGUAGUUUCAUAAAAAAUAAGCACAACGUAAAAUUACAAAACCUGAAAAAUAAUUAAGUUUUAAGGUUUUUUAUUUUAUUUUGUGGAUCUUACUUUUACUUUCUUCCGUAUUUUUUGUCUAAUUUCCUACAGAAGUAAUAGACUAUUUGCACUAUAUUGAAAGUCAUCAAUGGAAGGCGGGGUUGCGGUUUCUAUCCAUUACAACCCCUAGAUCAUGAUUCUGCAAUUUUUAGAUAUGUCAAUUAUAUACAUAUACAUAUACAUAUAUUUCCACCAUCUUUUGGCUUCCCCAGCGUCCGCUAUUUGACCUAAUAAACUGAAAUUUGGUAAGUAGAGUUGGUUCCCAGGCGGAACAAUUCUAUUAAACUUUGGAAAAGUUUCUUCAAAAUUUCCACUUGAUAGAACAUUUUUUCCUAUUCUUAAAGUAUUGUUUAUCUCCACAGUUCCUCCUAACAAAGCUGGAAGGUUGCAACUUUAUAUCUAUUUUAAGUUGGUGUUGGAGAGGUGCCUUUCAGAAGUCUCAUCACCAGCCGCCAUUUUAUUUCAAUAUGGCGGUGGAAAAAACCCUUUAUCUAUAGAAGACAGCACUAAAACGGCUGUGACGUUAUUAAUAAAAAUCUUUCCUAAAGUAUUCCCUAUGGUGCACUUUAUAAAUUUAUAAAUAUAACAUACUUCCUCGAAAAAGGACCUGAAAAGGAGUUUUGAUUAAUUCAAAAAUACAUUCGCGAAUAACUCAAAAAGGAUGCACUUUUUCCUCCUUUUGAGUCAGAACAUAUUUUGAAGAAAUUAAAAUUUUCUUAACGAUUAAAAAAAAUUAUUUAUAUUUAUUAAAAAAUUAUUUAUACCUAUAUAUCUCAAACCUACCCGUAGAGUCCUAAUUCUGGUAUGACAAAUAUUUUCCAAUGUGGUAGUUAAAGUAGUUCGCUAUACGUAUUGAACUUACCCUUUGGGUAAUAAUUUACAAAGCUUUUAUUUCUCUAUUUAAUGCCAAUGAAGCAAUUUAAUCCCUUUCUAUUUUUUUAAAAUUAGAAAUAUUUUAAUAAGGCUCACGCCUUUUUUAUUUAUUUAAAAUUGAAGAACGUUUCAGAGUUCUACCCAAUCACGAGAUACCUUUUUUUUCCCCAAGUAUAUUGAACCAAACUUACAAUUUUUUGUUUUUAUCUAAUUCUAAGUUUUUACAUUGCUGUAGCUGUGCGAUUAUUGUUUUUAUAUAGUAUAAUUUUGAUUUUUUGGCUAAUUAGCUUAUGAUGUGCAACGUUGUUUUAAGAUAUAAUUUCAAAAAGAAUUAAUUUUUAAAAGAGAAAAUAUAUUUCCUUAAGAGAACGAAGAAGACAAUUCUAUAAUUAAUAUCGGAUUCGGUAUGUCAUAUAUAUAUAAGCGAAUAGAAAAGUUCGCUAAUUGAUAAUAGUAUAGUAUUCGUUCUGAGGUGGAUGGAAUGGAAGAGAGGCGGAUGUUCGUCCCAAUGCACAAAAUGAGUUAUUUUUAUCUGAAAGGCUGAUUAAACAAUUCUGAGCAAGUGACUAACAACAAAAUAUUAACUCCUGCUUCCAAACAUUUACGUUGAUCUAAUUACUUUAUGUCUGUCUUUUUUAUCCUAAAUUAACAAAUACACAUAUUAUUAACAAAUAAUAUGUUUAUUUUUCUAUAAUAUAACGUUUACAAUUUUGAAUCUUCAUGUUUACUUUUAAUUACUAUGUUGGGAUGUUUUUUAUCGAAAUAAUUGCCUUAAUUGAUAUUAAUUUUAAGCAAAAACUUCAAAAAUAAUAUUUUACAAAUAUUCUUAUGAUGAAAUCCAGCCCGUGAUUACGUUUAGAAGUUAGCUUAAUCGUGGUGUGGUUGAAUCCUGGUCCUCCUGCAAGUAAUGUAGGACAACCUCCGUCGCCGUUGGUAUAUUGGUCCAUAACCUCGAUGUAGUUUAUUAAUUUGCUGGAUGGGUCAACUGGUUGAUAUGUUAUCACCUUCUCAACGACUCGUAGAAAUCUAUAAUCUAAUUGAAUGUGGUCCACAUAUUCAAGUCU